AUGACCCUAAGACUUUUCAAAUUCACUACAAGAGGUCCUUAUCCUAAAUCUGGAAAACACGCUCAACUAAUCCUGCCAUUUCAUCUCGGCCGCCAUCGAGGACCUCACACUGCGGCCGCCGGAGAACCUUCACUGACCAGAGACCACCUUUCCGAUGUCAGGCGCCUCCAUCAUCAGACAUUUCGAUUUCACCGCGAUGCUCGAUGGUACUAUUUCAGCGGCAGAUAUGGUGACAAUGGCGACAGGGCUAGCCGGGAAGACGGCAGCGACGGGAUGAUACUUUGGCGGAGGCGAGGCCUGGUGUGCUCAAUGGUCCGUCUAGGGUCCAACGGAAGAUGGUUAUUGUGUCGAUUGGACCGGCAGAGGUCGAGGGACGAGAUGGCGGCAACUGCGGCGGCGAACUGGUGGUCCGAUGUGUGCGUGAAUUGUUUGGGACAAGAACUCAUGGUGGACAAUGCCGUGAUGAAGGCGGUUUGCGGGUUCAACUUCGCCGGUACACGAAGCAAAGCCGCCGAUUUUGAUCCCCAGAAGAGUUGGGCCGAGCUCUCCCCGCAUACGACGUGGGAUUCCGCUGGUAUGUCCAACGGGCUUAUCCAGGACCUGGCCACUGCCGUUGUGCACCGGUUCAUCUGCUACAAUAUUACCGGCAAAAAGGAGGCGAACAAAGUCAGUGAGGGUGAACUUUUUCUCCUCUGGGCGAUGCGGUCGGGAGUGCGAGUGUGUUCGAUGACCUUCCUUCAGAACUCUUUCCAGGAGAUUGUCCUCUCCAAGCGUUGA